GCUUGCGAAGGCACCAUCAGCUGUCCUCCGCGCAUCCCGGCCAGCUCUUCGCCGCCAACACCUUCAACCUCGCCGCUAUGAGUCUACGGGCAAGGGCAGACUCACCCCGUGGAAGACGGACUCGACCGAACCCCCGUCGGUGCUCGUAGAGGACAGCGUAUCGAGAUACACAACGUUCACGCUCGACUUUUUCUACCGCUUCGUCAAAUUCACCGCCAUAGGCUUGGUCACGGUGGGCACGACGGUGGGCACAGGGUUUGCAGCUGCCCACAUGUGGGUGGAGAACGCAGCACUUGCACCCGAGCAGGACGAGGAGGUCCGCAAGUGGGAGUGGGAUCUCGAAGCAGAACGCUCGUCUGGAGGGGCACAGGGCGGGACGGAUCCUGGUCUUGGAUUCAAAGGCCGUGUAGCUGUGCGUGCGGCCUGGAUGGCCCAGAACUGGGGGCCCGGUACCACAACCAGCGUCAUCGGUUCUAAAGCGUACAGCGGCCGCGUACGUCCGGAGAGCGGCACCCUGAGUGCCGUCCCAGCAGAGCUGGAGUACGCUCAGGAUUUCCUCAGUAUCGCCAUCCACGCUGCGAUGGAGAAUCCGAAGAAGGUGCGCCCGGAGACGGUUACGGAGCUUACUGUCUGGCACGCGAAUAUCAUGGAGCGCAUGGGGACGAAGGAAGGUGUAUUCGAGGCGAGGGACGAGUUCGAACGAGUAUGGGCCAGCCUUCCUGGCAAGGGCAUCGACGCGGCGCGUGUUGCGUCAAAACUCGGGGAUCUGAAUCAACGCCUAGACGACCCCGAAGACGCUUUGGCAUGGUGGGCGCGGUCGAUACAGUUGGUGCAAGACAAGGCACGCCCAGAAGCCGCCGCUGCUGUGCCAGUCGUCCCAGACUCUGCUCCCUCCUCUCCUCUUGCGCAGCGGACGCUCGCCUCCACGCUCGUCUCCCUGUCUGUGUUCUACGCGACAUCUGGACAACUCGAACAGGCGCGGUCUCUGGAGCAAUCGUCGCUUGACCUUCUGCGGUCCAUCAAACAACCGGAGUCAUUCGAAUCUGCGUCGCGUCCUCGGGCCUUGCAUGCAUUGUACCUCCUGCACCGCUCAUCGCUUCUCUCGGUUCAUCUUGCGGAAGUUGAGCAUGUUCUCAGGGCGAAGCAAGAGGUACCGCUGCAGUGGCUCACACGUGCGGCCGAGUCUUCGGAACGCGUUGCUCUUGCACUCUCUGGCCUUCCUAUCAUACAUCCCGACGCGCCCGAAUCUAAAAUCCCUCACCCACCAUCCUCCGAUACGCCGCUGGUGCCUGACUAUGCCAAGUCAACCUCAAUGAGUAGGCCUGCCAAGAGCCUGCUGAGAGACUCGCGCCGCACAGCAGCGGAAGCAUGGAAUCUCAUGGGUAUCCUCAUCGAGGGAACCCGAGCCGCAGGGGCGUCGGAGAAGGCGCUCGAAUGCUACGAGCGGGCAUUGGGCUGGGCUGGUGUUGCCGCGGACAGGGCAGGUGGGAUUGGCAAGGCCAGCGAGGGAACACUGGAGACCGAAUGGAAGGCUUUGUGGGCGAACUACGUUCGCGUGCGCGAUGCUGUUCGACAGCAGCAAGAAAAGAAGUAAGGUGUUGCCGACAGGCUGCGUCGGCUGCCCCCUCUGUAUCCCCUUGCUUGUGCCUGUGUAUAUAAUAUUUUCGCGUGUGAUGCUGUUCGAGCGCAUAAUAGUACAUAGUUGAGUGAUUA